AUGAGUAAUGUUCAAAAUGAAAAUAGUGCUGAAGUAGUGUUAUUAACUGGAACUGGCGAUAUUUAUUCAGGUGUAACUGUUGAUAGAAAACUUUUAGCUAAAACUCCAGCUUUAUUUGAACGUCAACUAGAAAAAUCGAUAGAAGCAUGGCGUCAACAAAAACGACGAGGUAUUUGGCUUUCAAUACCACAUGAUCAAACGGAACUUAUUCCAACAGCACAAAAACUUGGUUUUGUUCUUCAUCAUGCUAAAGCUGAUUAUGUUAUGUUAACACAUUGGCUCGAUGAAUCAGAUCCUAAUCAAUUACCAAGUUAUGCUAUGUCUACUAUUGGUGUUGGUGGUCUCAUAGUAAAUAAAAAACGAGAAGUAUUACUUAUACAAGAACGAUUUGCUUAUGUUAAAGACUAUUUCAAAUUACCAGGUGGAUGUCUUAAUAUGGGUGAAGCAAUAGAGGAUGGCGUUGAACGUGAAGUAUUUGAAGAAACAGGUAUUCGUGCUCAUUUUCGUGGUAUACUUUCGUUUACCUAUAAAACAGAAUUUCGUUUUGGACAUGGUGAUGCUUAUUUUAUUUGUCUAAUGUAUUUAAAUGAAGAUGAAGAAGAACAAAAAAUUAAUUUUGAUCCACUUGAAAUAGCCGUAUGUCAAUGGACCCCACUUGAUGAAUGGGCAAAGUCACUAGAAAAUCAUCCUGUACCUAUUACAUUACAUGCAGCACGUACAGCUAUCAAUGUACUUGAAGGUCGAGAAACAUUAUUAGAAUCAGAUCUAAUAGAAGUUAAAUCGAGAGAUAAAAAUAAACCAUCAUGGUUUACAACAAUGUAUCGAAAUAAAUCUAAUGAUAAGAAAUAA